AUGGUUUCAGCACUGAUUUUCUUGGCAGAAGGAGCCGAGGAGAUGGAAACAGUUAUUGUGGCUGACGUGCUGCGUCGUGCAGGUAUCAAUGUUGUCAUUGCUGGAGUUUCUGGCAGUGGUCCAGUCUUGUGUAGCCGGGAUGUGAAAAUUGUUCCAGACAAAAGUUUGAAGGAAGCACUUUCUGCUGGACCCUAUGAUAUUCUUAUUUGUCCUGGAGGUGCAAAGGGGUCUGAAACUUUGUGCAAGAAUGCAGAAGUUGGUAAAGCUCUAAAGGAUCAAGAGGCCAAGGGAGGUUUUAUUGCUGCAGUUUGUGCUGCUCCCACUGCACUUGCAGCUCACAGCGUUUGCAAGGGCAAAAAGGUCACUUCAUAUCCAGGAAUGGGUGACAAAUUAAAAGAUAACUACAAAUACUUGGAGGACAGAGUGGUCGUUGAUGGCAAACUGAUCACCAGUCGAGCUCCUGGGACAUGCUUCGAAUUUGCCCUGGCCAUUGUAGAGCAACUUUUGGGCAAGGAGAAGUCACAGUCGCUGAUCAAACCUUUGCUGUUAAAGUUGUAA